AUGCGGACUUCCUCGGGAGGCCUCAGGCCCCGGUCUGCGGCGCCCGCUGGGCCUCGCGCCUCUUCCCCGUGUCCCGUCCGCCCGCCACGCCCUACUCCGCAUAACCUCCUGGAGAGCAGCGGCCACUCGUUUGGCGCGCAAAGCGAGCAGCCGGGUCGGCACAACCCCACGGCGCUUUUCGCCCUCGAGCUCCCCCGAGAAGUCUGGAGACUGCACCAGGAGCCGCGCAGCUCAGGGGACGACCCCCAGGCAGAGACGCGCCAAGAGGGUAUCUCUGGCCCGGCCGCUCUCCCCCACAUGGAGCGCCUAGUCCUUCACCACCGUGUCGAGUGCGAGGUGUCGGCUUAUAUUCGGGAACUCCUGGCCACGGAGCAGGGACGCCAGGCGCUGCGCGCCACGCUGCACCACGCGGUCGACAUGGGCCUCUUCGAUGUCUUGGGGGGGGCGGCGGACGCGCCAGGCGAAGGCAGGAGGCCUGGUAGACCGUGGGUGAGCGGCGUACACGUCUUAAGCGGAGAGGAGGCCAGGCGUGACGAGAGCGAGGCGCGAACGGGGGGUGUGUCGUUCGCGAAGGAGUCCGUCUGCGAUCCCUUCCUCCACGGGUUCCUGUCGCAGUGCGGGGCCGAGCAGCGGCAUGGAGAAGAAGAGGAGGAUCGUCCUCACUUGCUGCAGGAUCUGUGGAAGCAGUAUGUGCUGCCGUUGCAAGAAGAGCUUCCCCAGCGGACGAGGGGAAGUCGCGGCGAAAGCGCGGAAGUCGGCCUCGAAGGCCCCCACGUGUGCCGUCUGCGCAAAAACAGAAACAUCGUGUACGUUCCAUACACGCCCUACAAGCCGCAUGCGUCGCAGAGACGGCGCUGA